CUCCCACCCUUCUCUGAGAGCCGCCGAUAAUUCUAUAUCUUCGUUUCUCUGUGUCUUUUCAAUCUCGAUCGGACGGUCCAGAAUGAACGUUGCUUCUUGUGCUUCUUUUCUGUGAUUUUAGAUCGCGGUACGUCCAGAUCUACAAUCUCCCUGCUCUGAUCUGUCUUCUCGGAUAGGCGGUAGAAACUACCAAAUCAACACGGUAGGAAGCUGGCUGAGAGACUGAGAGACUGAGAGACAGAAUUUCCGGAAACAGUCGCCGCGCGAAUGGAGAUAGCAAAUGCUUCAGCAGGUGUCACGCUCCGCGAUGGCUCACUCGCACGCGCUAGUGAAGGGUUAGCUGCUUUACUAGCUUCGGCUCUGGUCAACACCCAGCUCCUGGCUCAGGAUCCCCUUGGGGCGUUUCUGAUCAAACCUGGAAUGAAAGGAGACAGUCCCACCCAGUGCCCAUCACCCCCACCACUUGAUGCUGAAGGCGACGACGAUGACGACGAUGAUGGGGAUGGCGACUUAAGUGAAGGUGAAGGUGACGAGGAUUUAUCAUCUGAAGAUGGCGAUGACUACGCCAACAACCUUAACGACAAUAGUAAAAGUAAUUCAAAGAAGAAUCCCGAGGGCGGAGCUGGUGGGGCCGAAGAGAAUGGGGAGGAAGAAGAAGAGUUUGACGGGGAGGAGGAUCAAGAUGAUGAUGGGGAUGAUGAUGAUGAUAACGAUGAUGGUGACGAUGACGACGAAGAUGACGACGGUGAUGACGAUGAUGAUGGUGGAGAAGACGAGGAUGAAGUAGCAGACGAGGAUGAAGAUGAGGAAGAGGAGGACGAGGAUGAAGAUGAGGAAGCACUCCAGCCUCCCAAGAAGAGGAAGAAGUAAAAUUAGAGAGAUGAAAGAAACGAGUUAGACACUUUUCAUAUGUAGCUUUGUUCCCUGACUUCUGGGUUCUUUUCUUUUUUUAAUUUUAUUUUAGCUUCUUGAGAACGUUUGUUAGGAUGUGUUCCAACUUCCAAAUUAGUAAUUAUGUCUCAACUGAAUGAUUUUAGAGUACUUCUGAACCUCUUUUUGCUGCGGCAGCGAUAAACGGCGAUUAGUUCCAA